AUGAUUCGUCGGGACUCGUCGAAUAUUUGUGCAAGUUCCUCGCUUUUUAUUCCUGAGGGAUACCAGAAGUUUCACCGUGUGCACGUGUACGAUCGUAAGCUACGUCGCGAGGGAUACCAACCACUGGAUGAGGUGGACGAUCUGGAGGCCAAUAAACUGACUGUGGAGAAGAUAUUGAACCACAAGGUGGACCCAGCCGACCAUUUGGACGAGCAGAUCGAAAAACGGCGACGUCAACUCAAGUACGAGCCCAAAUUCCCACGUGUGACCGACUAUUUCUUGAUGAAUAAUGCCGAUAUCAUUCAGGAGCGAAUGCAGGGAAUCGUGACAAAGCUGACGAAAGAAAUGGGAGGCGACAUCUUUGAGCACCCUGUCGAUGUUGAAGAGGUUCCUGACUACCUCAACUUCAUCACGAAUCCGAUGGACCUUGGAACAAUUUCCACACGACUUGGUCGAGAAAGUUACUACAUUGGACCGUCGGCCGUGUCACUAUUUGCCUCGGAUGUUCGACUGGUGUUUCAAAACUGCAAGACGUACAAUGCUGAGGGAUCUGACAUCUGGCGCGUUGCUGCUGAGUUGUUGCGCACAUUCGAGAAGUGGAUCUAUGACUGGAUAUUAUCCCCGUCUGCGUGGCUAAAGUUGCCUCCUUCAGGAGACGCAGAGGAAGACCAACGCCUUCAGAAAGAGUUUCGUGAUGAAGCAGAAGCAUUUUACGAUCUGUGGGCACCUUAUCGGAUCGGCUGUUGCAUAUGUGGAAACAGCAAUAACAGUGAGGAGCUUCUGCUAUGUGACCGAUGCGAUGGUGAGGUUCAUAUGCAUUGUGCUACCCCGAACGUCACGGAAUUACCGGAAGGUGAGUGGUUCUGUGGAUACUGCCGAGUGCGUAAGAAAUUUACUGGAAAGAUGGAGAAAGCAAAGGAGGAGUCCGAACACAAAUUGAAGAGCAUCGAGAUAGAAGCAUCCACGGGAGUGACGACUCCUUCAGCUUCUGGCUCAACCCCAACACAGGCAGACAAGAAAGCAACUACUACGUCUACGCACGCCCCGAAUAUCCUUAUGGAGCGAGCCGAUGGUGAAGGUAAAGUUAACAAGAAAACGUCAAAGCGCAGCCCUAAAGGGAUCAGCGCGACGAAGAGCUUGGCGCCAAUCAGUAUGAAAGAUCGUGCUGGUACCUUUUUCCUUGUCAAGUGGAUGGGUUUGUCGGUUCGAUUUUCGACGUGGGAGCGUCCGGAGGAUAUCGGAGACGAUGAGCAAAUCCAGAGGUAUUUCAAGUUCAGUCGUGUGCCUAGCGCGAAGGAGAUCCGUGAGACUACGUGCCAAUUGCCGUGCUGUGCUAAGCGACACCAAUACGCACUAGUAACAGCCACGAGCGGGAAAAGGUGCUGUGAAAAAGAUCGUUUCUGUACUCUAGGCAACGGCCACGAGGGUAAUUGCAGUCGUAGCAUUAAAGCAGUUGGAGGAGCCUACGGCAGCAUUGCGUAUCAACGACUCCACAUGCAAGAGCAAGUAAAGGCACAACUGUUCGCCUUUCACUGUUUGCUCAACAAUCAUACGCCCGACAAGGAUGUGCUCAAGCAGUGUGGAAUGCACACCAACGCGUACGUGACUACGAAACAGCACUUAGCACCCAAGGCCUUAAAAGAGGACGACGAUGAAGAUUAUUCGGAUGAGGACGGGGACUCGUCUGAUGACGAUGCAGACUUUGACGCCGAGACUGAUUUUCUGAAUCGACCAGCUUUCUAUCCUGGAAUCUUGACGCUGGAAAAUGACGACGAAGAGAACGAUGACGAAGCUGGAGGCCACAAGAAAAAAACGGAAGAAGAGGUCGGUGAGGUACUGAGCUCUAUCGUUGAGCACGUUGCGCUUGGAUACCCCACGAAGCUCGAGACUGUCAGUGCUGAGUUUCGAUUUGACUCGAUAUACCCCGCAUCAGCUUUCAAUGAGCUCCCAGCCUUCACGGAGUACUGCAUUAUUCUGGGUCGAUCGCCCCUCGGUUUGGGCAUGCGUCUUGGAAUCAGUUGCACCACCAAUGUCUCGGUUCUGGGUUUCCAACCUCUUGCGAAUGGCAUGAUAGGUCCAGCGCAGGCGUCUGGAGCUAUUUCGAUUGGUGACGUGCUUGUAGCCGUCAACAAGAUAUCGGUGGCAGGUCGUUCGUUUCAAGACGUCGUCACGCUGAUUGGUGCUUCUUCCCACCAGGUUCUUUUCCACUUUCAUUCUCCCCGACCAGCGUUCAUGUACCCUCCGUACUGCCAAGCAAAGCAGGUUACGAAGCUUCGGUUGGAAAAGAUUCCUGAUGAUGCGGCACCUGAAGGCUCAAAGUACGCGCAAUACAGCUACAAUCAGUUCAAGCGAAUGCUCAAAGUGGGAGUUGCGGAGCCAGAUGUGGCAUCGGCAGCUUCGACACAGACGCUGAUGCAACACGCCAACUAUAGUGCACCAAGUGGCCCCAUGCAACAUCUGUACGCUGGGGUCGUUGACAACAGCAUCGACCCACACGAGCACUUUGCUAGCUUCCUCCCUGAGCGGAGCAACGCAGCCAAUAGUGGAUCACACGCUAAGAGUGCGGGCUCAAGUGGAGAUGCGAACGAGUUUGUUCCGUACGAGCAGUCACCAACGUACAAAGGAGGCCGCACGCUGCGUGCGUAUCAGGUUGAAGGUCUCAAUUGGAUGGUUUCGUGCAUCAAGGCCCAGCGGUCGUGCAUUUUGGCUGACGAGAUGGGACUGGGUAAGACGGUUCAGAUUGUGUCUCUGAUCGAACACAUGAAGUCGGAGGAGUCCAUUCGAGGGCCUUACUUGAUUGUCGUGCCUCUUUCUACGAUCCAACAUUGGCGACGUGAAAUAGAAAGUUGGACGGAUCUCAAUGUGUGCGUGUAUCACGAUAUCGGUGACCGGUCUACUAAGUUUACGGCUAAGGACAUGCGAGCCGUCGUCCGAGACCAGGAAUGGUAUUAUCCGGGCUUGGGCAACUCCAUCUUCAAGUUCCACAUCUUGCUGACUACGUUCGAGACCAUUUUGGCGGAUUUCGAAGAGUUUGAGCACAUUCACUGGCGCUUAGUUGUGGUGGAUGAGGCUCACCGAUUGAAGAGUGCCGGGUCACGCGUGCUUAAGAUGAUGCGCGUCCUUCACGUUGAUCGGAAGGUAUUGCUGACGGGCACGCCUUUGCAAAACAACACGCAGGAGCUAUGGGUCUUACUAAAUUACCUGGAGCCAGUCAAGUUUGCGAGCUUGGAGGAGUUUAACCAGAACUUCGGAAAGCUUCAUUCGCAGGAACAAGUCGUGAGGUUGCAGCAGUUGCUCGCACCGUUUAUUUUGCGUCGAGUGAAGGAGGACGUUGAGAAAAGUAUUCCUCCGAAGGAAGAAACGAUCGUCUCUGUGGAACUUACGACGCUGCAGAAGCAGUACUACCGAGCCAUUUACGACAAGAACAAGAGCUUUCUGUAUCGCGGCACAAAGAAUGGGUUGCCGACGCUGAAUAAUAUUCAGCUGCAACUGCGAAAAUGCUGUAACCACCCGUUCCUGAUCAAGGGCGUGGAGGAGCGCGAGCUGGACGAACUUGGCAGCAACCCCACACCUGCUCAAGUGAUGGAGAAAACGAUCGAGUGCUCAGGCAAGAUGAUGCUGGUGUCCAAACUGAUCCCGAAGCUUAAACGGGACGGUCACAAAAUUCUGAUUUUUAGCCAGUUUCUCAAGCAACUGGACUUGCUGGAACGUUAUUGCGAGGCAAAUUCUUUUGUGUUUGAGCGUCUGGACGGCUCUACUGGUGGAAGCGUGCGGCAGAGCGCGAUCGAUCGAUUUUCUAGACCCCACUCGAAGUCGUUCAUUUUCCUGCUGAGUACGAAAGCUGGUGGCGUGGGCAUCAAUCUCAUUGCAGCUGAUACGGUGAUUAUCUUCGACAGUGAUUGGAACCCGAUGAAUGAUCUGCAGGCCCAGUCACGCUGCCAUCGCAUUGGGCAGAAAAAGAGUGUUCAAAUUUAUCGUCUAGUGACCCGCAACACGUAUGAAAGCGAAAUGUUCGACCGCGCCUCACGAAAACUUGGGCUUGAACACGCGGUGUUAGGCACGGCGUCAUUUAACGAGAACUCUCAGAUCACCAAGCCGUCGGCAGAACAACUUGUGGAGCUGUUGAAGCGUGGAGCGUAUGCGCUUAUGGAGGACGAUGAUACGGCGUCGAAGGAGUUUGCUGAACGGGAUAUUGAGACUAUCUUGAAGGAAAACGCUCGUGUUUUGGUUGUAGGCGGCAGCUCCAAUGCUAGCAAGAGCGCUGAUGGCGAUACGGGCGGAAUCGCAUCACCAAAGCAGAAAAAGUCGCCCUUGAAGUCUAACAAGAGAAAGUCGCUGGGCGGAAUGGCAAUUGACCGUUCCUCCUUCGUGGCCGAGGGGUCGACGGGUGAACUAUCCGUGGAUGAUCCGAAUUUCUGGGAGAAGGUUCUUCCGGGAGCUGUGUCGGUGGAAAUGCUCAGUUUGAAGCUGGAAGAUGGCAGUGCUGUAAACUCGCGCCAGUCGAAGAUCAAGUUUAUCAGCAACUUGGAUAUUGCUCUGACGAGCUUGGUGGCUGAGAUGAGUUCAGGCAACAGUUCUGACGAUGGUCGACAUGGCAGUCGCGACAUUCAGCACGAGUACGACAUUGCUAUCCAGGUAUUGAACACUGUGAGCUCGAAGUAUCGUGACGAGUUCUCCAACGACCAGAUCGAUCUCGUGAAAGGAUACCUGACAAAACUGGAAAAGUCACGUGUGCGAAGCUGUCGACUAGCCCCUGCGCGAACGAACUUGUUCCAGGAUGAAGACUUUGAUACGCCGAAGAAGAAAAGGAGAAGGAGAAGCACCCCUGCAGGCAGCAGGGCUGGGAGUGAAGAUGAAGCGUAUGGCAACACUCCGGUAAAGAAAAGAGGACGCGGUCGCCCUCCAAAACACCCAAGAACUGAAGACGCGAACCCCCCAAUCGCCUUGUUCCAAGGUGGCAUUAUUAACGAGACUGACGAUUUGUGCACUCUUUGCGGCGACGGUGGGCUGAUCUUGCUGUGUGAUGGUCCGUGUCAUCGUUCAUUCCACCUCGACUGUGUGGGCAUGAAAGACGAGCCCAACGACGAGCAGUGGCUGUGUCCAGAUUGCGCUGAGGGUCGUCAUAUGUGCUUGAUUUGCAAGCAGGUGGGUGAAAUGGGCGUUGAGUUUGGUGUCACGCAGUGCUCCGUAGCCAAAUGUGGCAGAUUCUACCAUAAGGGUUGCCUGGCAGAGAACUCGCGUGUCGAGUGGGUUGGCAAGAAGCGCUUCCGUUGCCCGAGCCACUUUUGUCAUGCCUGCUCGAAGCAAGCUACGACCAAUAGCAACAAGAAAGGUGAAGACAAUACUGGUUUAGUGAGCUGUAUCCACUGCUCACAAGCCUUCCACCCAGACUGCAUUCCGUCAGCCGACAAAUUUAUUCGACUAUCGAAGAACCUCAUGAUUUGCGCGAAUCAUGUAGACGGGAAGAAGGCUCCAGGGAAAAUUAGUGCACGCGCAUCUGGAUCAGCACCGGCUGCACAACGUGCUGGAGCUGUCCUUGCUGCGGCCUCAACCCAACUAGAGAUCCCGCAACAUAUUCCGUUAGAAGAAGACGAAGCAGAACAACCGGAAAAGUCGAGUGGUAAGCGCAAGCGCGAGCCAUCUCCCAAAAGACCAAGCUCGAGUGGGUCGAAGAAGAGCAAACCAGCCCAACCGACCAACAGGAUCGCGAGGCAGAAGGUCUGCGCUCUUUGUCACCGCGGAGACGUGAUGGGAGGGGACUCGACAGGGACUGACACUGCAGAUAUGGCUCUGGAAGGGCCUUUUAUUGAGGCUCCUGUGCGCUUGAAGUACACUGACAGGCCCAACGAGUCUGUGCAUGUGCACUUGAACUGCGCCGUACACUCGCCAGAAGUGUACGUGAAGGCUGAUGGUCUGAUCAUGAACUUGCCCAAGGCAAUUAAGCGCGGCCGACAGCUCAAGUGUACCAGUUGCCACAAGUUUGGAGCCACGGUGGGCUGUGUUGUAGCCAAGUGUCGGCGCAAUUACCAUCUACGUUGUGCAGUGGAAAGCGGUGGAGAGAUUGACGGAACCACGUACGCGUUGUACUGCAAGCCGCAUGCUGCUGCUCGCAAGGAACCGACCCGUGUCUGCGUGUGCGAUACCAAUGAAGAAGACCCGAAACUCACGUUGGUCUGCUCGUCGUGCGACACAAAGUUUCAUCCGAAGUGCGUCAACAUGUCGGAGCGACAUGCGGCGCGUAUGGCGAAGACGUGGAUCUGCGGUGUGUGCGAUGGCUCAGCUGCGGCGAAACCUGCGAUCCCAACACACAUGCCUGCGAAAGCAACUGCUGAUGCUAGUCCGCCGAAGCGCAAGAAAGUGAAGAAGAACCGCUUGAGCAUGCCACGGAAUAAAAUCCGCUCGAAAGCGAACGGGACGAACCACGGUAUCUCACCGCACAUGGCCGACUCAGAUAGCGGUGUCUCCACGGACGAGUAG